UGAAUACCCAGCUAGGUGCACUUCGUAGGGAACUUACAAGGCGAUUGGAACGCACCCCAUAUCUACGCUAUAUUGAGAAUCCGCAUAUAGUUUACAGUGUGAAGGUAAUGUUACCGGGGGUUGUGUAAGAUACGCAGUGUGUUUCUGCGGAUCUAACUAAAUAGUGUAUGCAUUAAGUGACGUCAUAUUAACUUUAUAGCCGUGCUAAAGUGCCAAAGCUCACUUUCACUUUCUUGUAGCUUUUCUGCAGGAACUGAAAUGAGUGCAAGGAAGGACAUGCAAGACAGCCUGGCCUUCACUUCUCGGCGAUCACCAGUCGUCUGUCUGAAUGGCUGCGUCGCCUCCAGUCAGCCUCUAGCAUCAAACAUCGGACUAGAUAUCCUGAAGAGAGGUGGCAAUGCUGCAGAUGCUGCUGUGGCUGUAGCAGCUGCUCUGAAUGUGACGGAGCCCGUCAGCACUGGCCUGGGUGGAGAUGCUUUCUGCCUCUUCUAUGAUGCGACUUCUCGACAGGUGCGAGGACUCAAUGGAAGUGGUAAAAGUCCCAAAGCUCUAACUCUGGAUCUGAUGGAGAGGUGUGGCUUCAGUCAGACUAACCCUCCUUCCAUAUUUCAUGCACACAACGUCACUGUUCCUGGAGCUGCAGCGUGUUGGUGUGACACUGUGGCAAUGUUUGGCAGUAAAAAGCUGUCUUUAGCUGAUCUGCUGCAGCCGGCGGUAGACCUGGCUCAGAGGGGCUUUCCUGUGGCUGAAAUCACAGCGUAUCACUGGGCCAGGGGGGCUGAAACCCUGAAGGCUGCUGGGAGAGACCUGGGUGGAGAUUUACUCAUUAACAACAGGCCACCCAAACACGGGCAGGUCAUGACCAACCCCAGCCUGGCACACACCUUACAGGAGCUGGCCCUGCGGGGGAAGGCGGGGUUUUAUGAGGGCAGGAUUGCUGAGGCUGUGGUUGACGUGGUGAGAGAAGCUGGUGGUGUGAUGAGUCUGGAUGACCUGAAGAAUCACGUCACGACUGAAAUCACACCGAUCUACACUGAUUAUAAAACGGUGAGACUGUGGGAGGUCCCACCCAACACUCAGGGAAUGGCAGCCCUCAUUGCCCUUAAUAUCCUCCAGAAUUUCCCCAUUAAAGAUCUGGCUCACAACAGUGCGGACUACCUGCAUGUCCUGGCUGAGGCGUUAAAACUGAGCAUGACUGAUACCAUGCACUACAGCACCGACCCGGACCGAGUUACAGUGCCUGUAGAGGGGCUUCUGUCCCAGCAGUACGCACUACAGCGCAGCCAGACCAUUCACAUGGACAAAGCCGGGAGUGUGUGUGAGCCUGGGAUUCCCACAGGAAGUGACACGGUGUAUUUCACAGUGGUGGACGGAGAGGGGAACGCCUGCUCUUUUGUCAACAGUAACUACAUGGGAUUAGGCACUGGUCUAGUCCCCCGUAACUGUGGCUUUUCUCUUCAAAACAGAGGAGCUAACUUCUCUCUGGACCCCAGGCAUGUGAAUUGUUUAGGCCCAGAGAAAAGGCCCUAUCACACUAUAAUCCCAGCCAUGCUGACUGAAGCAUCCUCAGGAAACCUGCUGUGUUCCUAUGGGGUAAUGGGAGGCUUUAUGCAGCCUCAGGGCCAUGUGCAGGUAUUGCUUAAUAUGCUGGAAUUUGGAAUGAGUCCUCAGGUUGCACUGGAUGCCCCACGUGUGUUUGUGCAGUUUGACCAGGCUGCUCAGCAAUGGCAGCUUUAUUUGGAGGAGGGGAUGAACCAAGAAGUGGUUGAAGAUCUGAGAAGGCGUGGCCAUGUGGUGAACUGGCCAAUAGAAGGGCACGAGCGGGCAAUGUUUGGACGCGGGCAAGUCAUCAGUGUAGGAACAUGGUGGGACCCAACCCGUGAAGAAACAAGAGUGCCUCAGAGGGUUCUGUGGGCUGGAUCAGACCCCAGAGCUGAUGGGUGUGCUGUAGGAUAUUAGCACAGAGAAUAACCACUUAAAAUCUGUAAUGAGUUUGUCGAGCCACAAGGGAGCGCUCCCGAAUCAACACAGAACAAUAUCUAAUGUUCAGCACAGCAUGUCUAAUUGUUAAAGCUUUAAAUUCCAGUUAUAAGACUUUUAAACAUGAUCUGGCUGUAUUCCAGCAUCAGCUCACAGUAGCAGUAGUAGACUUGUAGAAAAAUUGUAAGUAUAGUUAAAAAGUAUAGGUACUUUUUUGUUUUGCUUUCUAGUGAUAUCAUUUUACUUUACAAAAUGAAAGGAAUAUCCUGGUCUAGUGGAUUUUAAGCUGAUUAGCUCAUCACAUCACCCAAUCACUGGCAAGAUGGCUACAAAAAUGGGAAAAAAAACUUUAAAAUGUAGUGUUUUCUUAGUUAAAAUGACUGAAAUCAUGGCACUGAGUUUUAUGUUGUUUCAAUGUAUUAUGACACUUGUCUUUAUAACAAACUAAAAUCCCUAGCAUUUGCUCACCCAUUCAAAUAAUAGAAUUCAGGUUCUAAUCACGUCCAUAAUCACAAGUGUUUAACAAUAAAUGCAGCAGCUGGUCAUGCUGGUCAUCCACUGGACACAGUGACAGGGUAAGAGACAGGGUAAGAUCAUGAUUUGUUAUCUAUCAAUACGAUGGACAUGUCUGGGUUUGAUGGUUUCCAGAAGAACAGUACUUGUCUGAUUGUAUUGUGCUGAGUGUAAAGUUUGGUGGAGGGGGGAUUAUUAAUAUGGUGUGGGGUUGUUUUUCAGGCAGUUAAGAUUGGCCCCUUAGUUCCAUUGAAAGAAGCUCUUAAUGCUUCAGCGUAUCAAGAGAUUUUGGACAAUGUCAUCCUCCUAACAUUGAGGAUCUCUUCCUGUUUCAGCAUGAUUGUGCGCACCAGUGCACUGCUUAUUGAGCUCCAUUGGCUACCAGUUGCUGCUCAUAUCAAAUUCAAAGCUCUUACAAUCGUCUACAAGGUGAUGACAGAUGACAGCUCCUUCCUACCUGCACUCACUCCUGAAGGCUUACGUUACCUCCCUGCCACUGAGCUCCUCCAAUAAACACCUCUAACUAACUACCUUCUACUACCAGAUCAGGAGCAUCUCUCACUAUCUUUAAUAAACUCCUGAAGACAGAGCUCUUCAAAGAGCACUUACUCUCCUAACACCUCUAACUAACUACCUUCUACUACCAGGUCAGGAGAAUCUCUCACUAUCUUUAAUAAACUCCUGAAGACAGAGCUCUUCAAAGAGCACUUACUCUCCAAACACCUCUAACUAACUACCUUCUACUACCAGAUCAGGAGAAUCUCUCACUAUCUUUAAUAAACUCCUGAAGACAGAGCUCUUCAAAGAGCACUUACUCUCCUAACACCUCCAAGUAACUAACUACUUUUAACCUCAUUUCCUUCUCCCCCUCCUUCACUCCUCUAUCCCAUUAUUUCACUUUGACCUCCUUUAGGCCCUGACUAAAUAAGUUUUUACCUUUAACUUCUAUUACUUUUGUACUUCACUUUGGACAAAAGCGUCUGCCAAAUGUAAUGUAAGGUAAUGCACAAAGCAAGGUCUAUAAUAACAUGGGUGAAUAUGGAUGAAAGAUAUUGAGUGGCCUAUAGUAGCAAAUACUUUUGGUAAUUUAGUCUUUGUUUCUUUAGCGAGCUUGCUAUUAAAAAAUACUGUUGAACCUUAAAUGGUGCAGCCGUGGUAUAAGGUGGUAUGAGAAGGAAAGAAAAAUCUGAAAAAGAAACUAGUGAAUAGCUCACUCAGUAAUCAGAGGUGGACGAUUUUAAUCCUCCCCCCCUCCUAAAGUGAGGUUGCUGAACUGUACCACUCCUAUUAAUCACAGCAGUCUAGCCGGGUCUCCUACUGAACACUGCUAAUAGCCCUUCCAAGGGAAAGAGUGACACUUGAAUAUCAUAGAAUAAAACAUUUAAAAUACCUGAAAAUGAGCUUUUUGCAACUAAAACAAUUCAGACCAUCAGCUGCCAAUGAAAUAAUGAAAUUGUUAGGAUAUGUUGUAAUUUCAAGCAUCUGUUGGAGGGCCGUUUUGAAUCUGGGCCAUUAGGUGGAUAAUCCGCUGUUAGAGUUUAGCACUUCGAUUACCUGAAGACACACAGACCAAUACUGUGAACAAUAGCAAUACUGAGUGCUGCAAUAUAGCGUCUCACAUGCUACAGCUUAACUCAGGAGAUCUCUCUCUUUCCAAGAAUGUAACCAGUCACGUACCAAUACAAACACUGCACUGGUCCUACAUACAGCAACCUGAACAACACUUUAGUGCUGAUUAUUGUACAUUUAAUGCACAGAAUAACCUUAAUAAAUACAAUAAAUUCUCACAAAAUGUUAUAGUUUUAUAGUGAUUUUUGUUUUUAAAAUGCUGUUGUGCGGAAAAGAUUGCACUUUUAAAUAAAUUGUUAUCAAAUCACUGUU